UAGAGAUCGCUACGUAGCAGUAGCUUGUCAGCGUCGUCCCCUUGUCCUUUUUUACCCUGCAUUAAACAAACAAACCAAGCUGUCCAAAAUUUCUCUGGCCACUUUCGCUCACGCCGCUUUUCGCUUUCUAGAGAACAUCUUCUUCCGAUUCACCUCCUAUUCUCGUGCCCAUACUUUCAACUAUAAGUCAACGACGGUUCUUUCAGCGAGCGCACACCACUUCCUUACGCAUUCUUCACACUAAAUCGUCGAAAUGGCUGAUUCCACUUUGGCCGCCAACGGCAACUCUCUCCUUGAGACCACCAAGACCAACGCCGCAGCUGCGUACCAAUCUGUCGCCAACGGCCCCGUUGCUCAGAACGUCUACGAUCACACUCAGAAGGCCUCAAACGAGCUCUCUAACCUUGCUGCUGCUCGACGCACUCCCGCGAAUCCCGCUGCUACCGGCCAGCCUCUUACACACUACCACUCAUUCUUCUCUGAACUUCUCUCAUGGAACAACCCUCGCGCAUCUGCCAUUGCUUAUGUGACCAUCAUCGGUGCUAUCUUCACUGCGCGAUACCUGGAUCUUCUCCGAUGGGGACUUAAGGUUUCGUGGAUGGUUCUUGGCGUAACCAUUCUUGCCGAGGUUCUUGGUAAGGUCAUUCUCAACAACGGCCUUGCCACUCAGGUCCGCCCUCGUCGAUACUACACAGUUCCCCGCGAGACUCUGGACGCCCUUAUUGGGGACGUUCAUGAGCUCAUUAACUUCUUUGUCAUCGAGGCCCAGCGGAUCAUCUUUGCCGAGAACGUCUUUGCUUCCGCCGCUGCUUUCAUCGCCGCCUUCAUUUCAUACUACCUCGUCAAGCUUGUUCCUUACUGGGGACUUGCUGUCAUCGGUACCACUGUCGCCUUCGUUGUUCCCCUGAUCUAUACGUCCAACCAGGAGCUGAUUGACGAGCAACUCCACCACGCUUCUGAACUCAUCAACUCCCAGACUGCCCAGAUCCAGAGUGUCGCUUCGAAGCAAAUGGAACAGGUCUCGAACAUCAGCAAGCAAUACGCUGGCGACUACAGCGGCAAGGUCCAGGACCUUCUCCGUGGCAAGACUCCUUCUCGCCAGAAGAUUGACAAGCCCGAGCAGCCCAUUUCUACUAAGCAGCCCGAGUUUCCCUCUCCUCCUACCGAGGACCCCAUCAAGUCCGCAGAGGCUCCUCAGAUCCCUACCCCCGCCGCUCUCAAGGAGGAGUUGAAUGCGCCCACCGCUAUCGAUGCCGCAGCCCCUGAGCUCCCUCACGAGGAUGUCGUCCCCAGCAAGGAGCCCAUGCUCGCUUCUUAGGGAACCAAAACGAGACACGUGCCAUGUGUACACGAGCUCAGAGAAGGCAUAGCUGGCCUAAGCAAUGAAUGUGUUUUACGGCAUUUUGGGGCGUAUGUCUAUCCUUGAAUUAGGAGCAAGGGAUGUUCAGAUUGGACUCGGGCGUGAAUCGGUUUUUUGGGAGCAUUCUUUAGCACGUGUGACAAACGACUAUAGUUGACGUUGAUGAAGGGUGGUUAAAAUACGGAUUGAGCGGGCAGAUGCUGGUGUCAGGGAGAGUAUUCCUAUGGAAACUCUUGAUUAAUACGUAUGGGAGGACAUCGCAUCUGGCCUGUUGCUUGUUUUUGUAC